AUGGCUCUUCUCGGGGUGUUUCGACGACGGCACCACCCAGCCCCAGCCAGCGAGUACUCAGAACAGACAAACGAGGAACAUGUGGAUACUCCUUCUACACCAAAAGUGACAGACGACAAGCUGCCCAAUUCAGAGAAGGUGCAGGUGUCUGAGACUUUGGCGAUUGAAGAAGAAAGCCACGACGAUCCUGAAAUCGCUGCGCUUCCUCUACAGGUGCGACAGUUGAUCAACUUGACCGACGACCCCACUCUACCUACAAUCACAUUUCGCUACUUUGUUCUCGCGGCCAUUUUUGUUAUUCCUGGGGCCUUUCUGUCUCAGUUGAGUUACUUCCGCACAACCAGUGCGAGCUACUCGGUCUUUUUCGUCCAAAUCGCCUGUCACUAUGCCGGCCAUUUCCUCGCGCGAGUUUUGCCUGCUUGGACAAUCCGACUUCCUGGUACAAGCCGGGGCUUUAGUCUGAAUCCUGGACCUUGGAGUAUCAAGGAGCAUGUGCUGCAGCUUCGGGGGGCAACCUACAACAUGGGAUAUGCUCCGAUCGUCCUAGCCGAGCUAUGGUACGGCAACAGAAUCCAACCCGCGGUUGCAAUCUUCUUUAUGCUCGCGAUCGUGUGGAUUGGAUACUCUUUUGCGGCUCUUGCUCGUCAGAUUCUUCUGCCAGACCCGGAGUACAUCUGGCCGCAGGCCUUGAUGCAGACGACCCUGUUCGAAACGUUCCGACGAACAGACACAACGUCGCGUCUGGCUCGGCGCCAGAUGAAGUUCUUUUUCUUCUCUCUUCUGGCAAUGACUCUCUGGCAAUUUUUGCCUGAAUAUGUUUUCCCAUUCACUUCUUCAUUGGCCUUCCUUUGCUGGGUUGCGCCUCGGAACCCCGUUGCCAAUUUCAUCGGGUCUGGCUUGGGCGGCAUGGGGUUCCUCAAUCUAUCCCUGGAUUGGUCAAAUGUCAACUGGAACGGGUCCUCGAUUUUACUUACCCCGUGGUGGACACAGGUCAUCCUGUUCCUUGCCUUUGCCUUCAAUUGUUGGGUGCUGUUACCCGCGGCGAAAUGGGGAAAUCUCGGUUCUUUCAAGCAUGGUCUCAUGUCCAACAGUCUGUUCAUGGCAAAUGGAACCAAAUAUCCCACAGCAGAGGUGCUCACUCCAACCUUUAACCUCAAUGAGACCGCGUAUGAGCACUACGGUCCAAUGUACAUGGGUACUCAAAAUGUGUGGUCGACAUUUUUCGAUUACGCAAAGCUCCCAGCGGCGAUUACUUGGAUCCUCACCUUCGGCUACACCCAAGUCAGCAGCAAUCUCAAAAAGAUUUUCGCAAAUCGGAAGGAUUCCCAGAAGGCCCAAGAUGGCCAGAAUGCUCAAUCCGCUCAAGGAGAGGGGAUUCACUACAAGUAUCAUGAUCGCCUCAAUGUCAUCCAGCGAAACUACAAGGAAAUCCCAUCUUGGUGGUAUAUUGCACUAUUCUCAGUGGGAUUCGUCAUUCUGAUCACCAGUAUCGCGUGCGGAUAUCUUUUCAUCCCCAUCUGGACAUUGUUUGUGGCCCUGGCCAGUGCGGCAAUCUUCGUGAUCCCUUUCGCAUGGCUAUAUGCCAUUUCCAACUAUCAGCUUGAGACCGGUUCCUUCAAUGAGUUGAUGUACGGAUACAUGGUGCACACCAAAGCUGGCUCUGGGCAUCAACACCCGUGCGGUCCCUCAAUCUACGGCUCUAUUGCUGGAGAUGCAUGGUACCGGGCACAGUACAUGCUUCAAGAUCAGAAAAUCGGUCAUUACAUGCAUAUCCCGCCGCGCGAGGUGUUCUUCUCGCAGAUUUUCGGCACGUUGAUGGGCGUCCCCAUCAACUACGCAGUUAUUCGCUGGGUUAUGGACACCAAGGGCGAUUUCCUGACAGGCAAAAAGACUGACCCCCUCAACCAGUGGACUGGUCAGAAACUUGUCAGCCAAAAUACGAUGGGCAUCCAGUACGCCGUUCUGGGGCCCAAACGACUUUUCGCAGAGGCCGAGAUGGCGCCACUUCCAUGGUCCUUUCUUGUUGGUGCUGUCAUUCCACCGGUUCUAUUCGUGUUUCAUCGCUUCUUCCCGCGCCUUCGGAUUGAUUUGUGGAACGUUAGUAUCUUCUUCGGAGGUCUGGCGAUGUUCUACGGUAAUGUCAGUACUGGAUAUACGUCGGCCAUCAUUGGUGCGUACAUAUCGAUGUACUGGGCUUACCGGCGUCACUUUGAGGUGUGGAAGCGUUACAACUACCUAGUUGCAGCCGCGUUUGAUGCCGGGUUCAACUUGAACAUGUUGCUUAUUUUCCUGUUCUUCGGAUCUGGAAAGCAGAUCUCGAUGCCAAAGUGGUGGGGCAAUAAUGAGAUCUCUGUCGAGCGAUGCUUUGCUCUGAGUAGUUAG